AUGAGUCAGAUAAUGAGAGAAUAUAGGAAAAUAUGUUCUAGUGAAGGACAUGAUUUUGUUCAAUUCGCUUUCUUGAAUUAAUCAUGUAAAGCAAUGAGAAUUUAUUGUUUUCAAUGCAUUUAAAAUUAUGAUCAUUUUAUAUGUCAUAAACAUUCAAAGAAUCUAGAUUAACUCUUUGAAAUUUUUAAAUAGAUCAAGAAAGAAAGUGAAAAAUUAAUAGAGAAAAUAUGGUCCUUACAAGAAUCUAUAAUAGAGCUAUUUCUUGAAUUAACUGAAAAAUUGAGAGCAGAAUUUCACUUCUCUAAAUCGGCACUGUUAGAAAUGAAUCCAAAGAAAUUAAGUGAAGCUUUAGAUAAAGUGAUCAAAUAUAAUGAAUUUAAAACAGUUUUUUUAGAGGAUAUUAAGAAUUGUUCAGAUGAUAUGAUCAUUUAAUUAAAUAGAUUAAUUAGCCAAUUUGAAACAUUCUAAAAUUAAGAAAUCCCUCAAUAUAAUUUUAAUAAAAUAGAGUAAUCAAAUGAUUCUUAAGUAAAUAAAAGUAAUUAAGAAUAAGUAGAAAAAUAUUAUUAAUAAGGUAAAGAAUUAUUAAUUAAGGAUAUAAAUUAUUUUAAGAGGAUAACUACGAAGAAGCAAUUAAAUUUAUAAAUCUUUCAUUGCUCAUUAAUCCAAAGCAUCUAAAUUCAUUAUAUAUUAAAGGUAUAAAAAUCAUACUUAAUAAUAUUAGCUGAAAGUUUAAGAAGGUGCAAAGAUUAUGAUGGUGCAAUAAUUUUUGCUGAUAAAGCUUUGAAAAUAGAUUCAAAUCAUGUCAAUUCAUUAUAUACUAAAGGUAUAAAAAUUCUCCAUAAAUAUAUUAGCUGAUAGUUUAAAAUUAUUAGGGGAUUACCAAAACGCCAUUGCAUCAGCUGAUAAAGCUUUGUUAAUAGAUCCAAUGCAUAUCGAUUAUAUACUAAAAGUAUAUAAAUGAUACAUAAAUUUUUAGUUGAGAGUUUAAGAUUAUCAGGGGAUUACAAAGGCGCAAUUAUAUAGGCUGAUAAAUUUUUGUUAAUAGAUUCAAAUAAUACAAAUUUUUUUUAUACUAAAGAUAAUUUUAUAUAUAUAAUAUAGGUGAAUCAUUAAGAAUUUUGAAUAAAUUCGACGAAGCUCUUUAGAUUUUAGAUCAAGCAUUGAAUUAUGAUCCGUCUCAUGAAUUAUGUUUAGCCAGCAAAGGUUUAGUAUAUCUUAUAUAUUUAAGAGCCUGUUUAAACAAAUUUAUUCAUUUUAAUUCUGUAGAUUCAUAAUUAAAAUAUUAAGAAGCCAUUAUUUACCAUUGAAAUCAACCCUCAAUACUCAUGGGCUAAAAGUAGGAGAGGUAAAUUGAAUGUUAUUAUAAAGCUGCAUGCAAAAACAAAUUAAAUAUACAAUAGUGA